UGCAAGUGGAAAGAUGGCACUGAGGCGAGCUCUACAUUUUGUGUUUAAAGUGGGUGACAGGACCAAAACAGCCACCUUUUAUCGAGAUGUGCUUGGUAUGAAGAUUCUGCGUCACGAGGAAUUUGACGAAGGUUGUAAAGCAACUUGUAAUGGCCCAUAUGAUGGAAAAUGGAGUAAAACCAUGGUUGGGUUUGGAGCAGAGGAUGAUCAUUUUGUUGCAGAAUUAACAUAUAAUUAUGGAGUUGGACAUUACAAGCUUGGAAAUGACUUUCUGGGACUCACCCUUCAGUCCAGUCAGGCUGUAAGUAAUGCUAAGAAAGUUGGCUGGCCGCUCAAAGAAGUCGGAGAGGCUCUGUACCUGGUCGAAGCCCCAGGUGGAUACCGGUUCUAUCUGGUUGACAAAGAGCAACCACAGACUGAUCCUGUUCAGAAAGUGUCCUUGGGUGUGUCUGAUCUGCAGCGCUCUGUCCAUUACUGGUCCUCACUGCUGGGGAUGAAAGUGAUGGAGAAAAAUGAGGAAAAGAAAACAGUGCUUUUGGGAUUCUCAGAGACUCAGUGCAAACUGGAGUUACAGGACAUUGGAGGUUCUGUAGACCAUGGAACAGCCUACGGGAGGAUUGCAUUCUCAUGUCCACGUGUACAGUUACCAGAAAUUGAAGCCCUUAUGAAGAAGGAAAACCAUACAAUUCUUACUCCCUUGGUUAGCUUGGACACACCAGGCAAAGCAACAGUGGAAGUGGUGAUUCUGGCUGAUCCUGAUGGUCAUGAAAUCUGCUUUGUGGGUGAUGAGGCAUUUAGACAGCUCUCUGUCAUGGACCCCAAUGGCAGUGCCUUGCUGACUAAGGCCAUAGCUGAGGAUAAGAGUAAUGAAUGGUUUGCCAAGAAUAACAGGGAGAAGGCUUCAGCAUAAGAUGCUUGUUUACUACCAGACUCUACACAAAAUUUUACUUUCAAAAUUCUGUGUACAUUUCAUGGGGAAAACUAAUUGAAAGGUCUCCUUUACACAUUCCCUUUGCCUAGUGUUACUCCUUUAAAGAUCUUUGUUAAUUAAAUCCACCUCAGUUCUGUAA